AUGAAGAGGCAACUUUACUUCUCCCUCUUCUGCAAAACCGUUCCUUCCACUAGUUCUCCUCGCCCCCACGAUGCUGCCCUCGUCUUUGCCGUCUUGCCUUACUCGGCCUCGGCCACCGCCACCGCCGCUGGCGCCGCAUCCAUCAGUGGGAAGCACAUGUUCAUGGCUCAAUACCUCGUCGACUCAUGUGGCUUCGACCAGGAGAAGACCACCGAGGCCUCGAAGCUUCUCAAGGGCAUCCAAUCCCGGCAGCAGCCCGACUCCGUCCUUGCUUUCCUCAAAAGUUACGGCUUCGAUGACGCAUCAGUAAAAAAGCUCGGCCUUCUCGGAUCCAAGGAUGCGCUGGUGAGGCUGUUCAAGAGAAAACAAGGGAUUCUUGUGUACAACAUCGAGAAGAAAAUCCAACCCAACCUUGAGUUGCUUCGGGAAUGUGGCUUGGAUGGCCAAAAGCUUGCCUUUAUCUUGCGGAAUCGCCCUCUGAUCGUGGCACAGAAUGCUGAUUUCUUGAAGUUCUUGAUUAGUUGCGUGGAGGACUUGGGAGUGCCACAGACAUCAGGGAUGUUCCAUUGCACUCUGUGUGCACUCUUCGUGGUCAAUCCAAAUAAGUUCAAGAUGCAAAUGGAGUUAUUCUGGAGCUUCGGGUGGUCGGAGGACGAUGUUGUUGCAGCAUUCCAAAAGUAUCCUGCUAUGCCGGGAAGGUCUUUGAAAACUUUGCAGAGAAAUAUAGAGUUCUUGAUAAAUGAAGCUGGAUAUGCUUCUUCUUACAUUGCUACACAUCCAAUACUAUUGAUAUUUAGCUUGGAGAGAAGGAUGAUCCCGAGACAUGGGAUCUUGGCAGCCUUGAAAUCGAGGGGACACUGUGCAAGUGAUUACAAAGUGGCAACAUAUAUGCAGGUUUCCGAGAUCAAAUUUGUGGAGAAGUACAUUGUCGGCUAUGAGGACAGGUAUCCAGAUUUGAGUGAACUCUACGCAAGCUUGAACACACACAAAUGCUUCUGA